GGGGGGAAUGCUCUUAUGACUUUUUUCUUUUUUCCAUUGAAUUUUUGUUCUUUGACCUUUUUUCCAUUACCUUUUUUCCCUUGACUUUUUUUCCUCGCGCACUCUCCCGCCUUCCCUCCCCUUCCAGCCCCCUGUCUCGUACGCUUAUGCUUUUGCCAGAAAAAUCCAUGCACACACACGUACCAAACCUUCCACAAUUCAAUAUAAACACGUGACUAUAUUUCGGAUCCGCGCGUUUUUGGUGUGAACGGACCCGGACCGCGUAGCGGAGUUGAAACCGUUGUGGUUUUCGUCGCGACAAACACGCGUUUUUGGCGUGAACGGAACUAUUGGCGAACAUGACCGAUUCUUCGAGGCAAUCGUUGAAGAAAUUUUGUCACCAGCUUCCUAAAGUGGAACUGCACACUCACCUGAACACCAGCUUCAGUGACAAAACUCUACAGGAACUGGUGGACAGGAAGGCAAAGCUUGAUGAUAAUUCGGAGUAUCACAGCUGGAAAUUGACUUUUGUGGAAAACGACAAUUGUCCUAUUGAUGAAUCUUUCACUAUCUAUAGUUUUCUUCACAAAAUUUUCAAUGAUGAAUAUGCUAUCUAUAAGCUGACAUAUGACAUAAUUCACGAGUAUGCUGCAGAUAACGUCAAGUACUUGGAGCUGCGGUCCACGCCUAAAGACAUCCCGGAGACAGGGCUGACGUGGUCGCUGUACGUCGACACGAUGUUGCGUGCAGUCAGGGACUGCCAGGCCGAGGACAUUGAUAUCGUCGUGCGGAUCUUGAUCUCCAUCGACCGCAGGAAGGGCGUCAAUGUAGCGAGGCAGACAGUGAGUCUGGCUGACAGAUAUCUACAUGAUUCAGACGGGGUUGUUGUCGGAAUCGACUUCAGUGGAGACCCUCGGGUUGGAGAUGCCACAGACUAUAUCCCAGUGUUCCAGAGUGCUCACGAAAAGGGCUUGAAACUCGCCCUACAUUUAGCCGAGAUCCCUAAUUUUGAAGAAACCUUAAAUGUUCUGAAACAGUGUCACUGCGAUCGAAUUGGUCACGGCACCUGUUUAAACCAACCCAAUCCAGGAGAUGGGCGUAAAGAACUAGAGGAAAUUGUUUUACAGAAGAAAAUACCUAUAGAAGCCUGUAUGACAUCCAAUGUGAAGACGAAGACAGCCAGGGAUUACGAGUCGCACCAUCUCGAUUUCUGGUACAAGAGAAACCAUCCUGUUGUUCUUUGUACUGACGGGAAAGGGGUGUACCAAACGACGGUUUCCAACGAAUAUGUACAGGCCGCAGAAGCAUUCAACCUAUCUCGUCAAAACCUUUGGGACCUUUCAUUUGAUAGCAUCAAUCAUAUAUUUGCAUCAGACAAUGUUAAGAGUAUGCUGAGAGCAAAAUGGGGCGAGGUCAAAUCAAAGAUGGAUAUUAGUUCAUGAGAGGGUGCAAUGCUUGAGAAUAGAACUAAAGUUCCCAAAAAGUAACUGAUUGUCAUGUACAUGUAGUUAGUGAAGUUUGUAUUGUUUAAUGUUAACACUAUAGCACAUUGAUUUAUUAUCCAUCUAAUGAACUGUGAAUUCACUCUGGGUGGAUGUCGAUAUUGGGAUGUGAACCCAGUCACUACAAUACCAGCCAUAAGGCCGAUCGUUGAAUCACCGUCACCACCAAGACUAGUGAUUAUUAUAUACCCAUUUAAUCUUACUAUAAUAGUAAUAAAGACCAUUCUGACCAUGCAA